AUGCCAAACUGGGGAGGAGGAGCCAAGUGUGGGGCCUGUGAAAAGACAGUCUACCACGCUGAGGAAAUCCAGUGCAAUGGAAGGAGUUUCCACAAGUCGUGCUUCCUCUGCAUGGCUUGCAGGAAGGCUCUGGACAGCACCACAGUAGCAGCUCACGAAUCUGAAAUCUACUGCAAAACUUGUUAUGGGAGAAAAUACGGCCCCAAAGGCGUUGGCUUUGGACAAGGGGCUGGAUGCCUCAGCACUGACACUGGAGACCACCUGGGCUUGAAUCUGCAGCAAGGGUCACCAAAGCCUGCUCGCCCUUCAACACCAACUAAUGCUUCAAAGUUUGCCAGAAAGAUGGCAGAUGUGGAUAAAUGUCCCCGUUGUGGCAAAUCAGUGUAUGCUGCAGAGAAGAUCAUGGGAGGAGGAAAACCUUGGCACAAGACCUGUUUCCGCUGCGCUAUUUGUGGGAAGAGUUUAGAAUCCACCAACGUUACAGACAAGGAUGGAGAGCUCUACUGUAAAGUUUGCUAUGCAAAAAAUUUUGGUCCCAAAGGAAUUGGGUUUGGUGGCCUCACCCAAGUGGAAAAGAAGGAGUGUGAAUGA